AUGGAGAAUAAUUAUACUUUCUUCAUCUUCUCUACUCUGCUAAUUAUAAUACUCAGCAGCACCAUUAACAACAGUAAAACUUACUUAGCCGCCACAACCGACCAAAACGCACUCGUCAAAUACAAAACUUCCAUCACCUCCGAUCCUUACCGUCUCUUGGCCACAAACUGGUCGACCGACACGAAUUCAUCCGUUUGUCAAUGGAUUGGUGUUUCGUGCGGCACCAAACACAAAAACAGAGUCACGGGCCUUAACAUUUCCGGUUUUGGCCUCGGAGGAACUCUGUCCCCACAUCUUGGGAACUUGACGUUUUUAAGAUACUUAGACAUCAGUUAUAAUACUUUCGCAGGGCCCAUACCCAGUGAGCUGUCUCGUCUGAGCCGCCUGAGGUCUAUAUACCUUUCUAGUAACAACUUCACAGGCUCCACACCCCAAGAGCUGUCCCGUUUGCAAGGCCUGCAAAUGCUAUUUUUACAUAACAACCAGUUAACGGGCUCCAUUCCACGUGGCAUCUUUAGUCUUGCAUCCAUUAGAAUUAUGAGGAUUUCGAACAAUUACCUCUCGGGUAUGCUUCCAAGUGACGAUAUGUGCAACAAUCUCCCCAACCUCAUUACGCUUUCCGUCUCGUUCAAUCAAUUGGAGGGCCGAAUUCCAUCGAAUAUAGGCAACUGCACAAAUCUUGAGAUCCUUUCGUUAUCCUUCAACCGUUUCAAUGGGGAAAUCCCAAGUGAACUUGCAAGUUUGAGCAUACUUAGGGAGUUGUACCUGGGCUCUAACAACUUGAAAGUGAUAUCGUUCAACCCACUUAACGGCGUCCUCCCUGAUUCCAUUGGGAAUUUAUCAAAAUCUCUUACAAUGUUUGGGGCACAUGGCUGCAACAUUAAUGGAGUUAUUCCUUCUACCAUCGGAAACCUGAUUGGUCUGCAACUUUUAGACUUAUCAAAAAAUCAGAUCACGGGACUUAUCCCUCCAACAAUAGGGAAAUUAUAUCGGCUUCAAAGAUUAAUUCUUUAUGUCAAUCAACUGCAUGGGUUUAUCCCUCCAAAUAUUUGUGGGAUGAGUAAGAUAGGUGACUUGUACCUUGAAGAAAAUAACCUCACAGGUCCCAUACCUGAAUGCUUAGGUGAGCUUAAAUCUCUAAGAAAUGUCUACUUAGGUUUCAACAAGUUGAAUUCCAGCAUACCUCUCAACUUUUGGAAUUUGAAGGACCUUUUGUUUCUCAACUUGUCCUCAAACCGUUUGAGUGGUCAACUUCCGUAUGAAAUUGCAGGUUUGAGACAACUAUCUCAACUAGAUUUGUCCCAUAAUCAAUUUUCAGGAGACAUUCCUAGAUCUAUCGAUGGUUGCGAAUCAUUAACGUUUCUAGAUUUAUCGGACAACAAAUUUGAAAGAUCCAUUCCUCCAUCACUGGGGAAUGUCAGAGCUUUGAUGGCACUGGAUUUAUCUAGUAACAAUCUUUUGGGGCUGAUACCUCAGUCCUUAGAAGGCCUCAAAUUACUUCAAUACUUUAAUGUGUCUUACAACAAAUUGGAAGGAAUGAUUCCCACAGGUGGCCCAUUUGUUAACAUUACUGCUCAAUCUUUUUUUCAAGACUCUGCUCUUUGUGGAGAUCAAAGAUUUCAAGUGCCUCCGUGCAUUGGGAAUAAUCUCAAGAACUCUAGACUGAAGAAAGUUGGUCGGCUGAUGAAGUAUAUUGUGCCUUCAUUCAUUUCAGUGAUCGUAUUAACAGCCAUAAUACUAUUUGUGUUUGUGAGGACACGAAAACCAAAAAGAGGGCUUGCUCCUAUUGAUGAUGUUUCACUUGGUGUUACUUGGAGACGAAUCUCAUACGUAGAACUUGUCAGGGGAAUUGACGCCUUCAGCGAAACAAACUUACUUGGAAACGGCAGCUUUGGUUCUGUUUUCAAAGGGGUGCUUUCUGACGGACUAAAUGUUGCAGUGAAAGUCUUCAACUCACAAUUAGAAAGGGCUAUCCGCAGUUUUGAUACGGAAUGUGAAAUACUUAGCAGUAUUCGACAUAGAAACUUGGUCGAAAUAAUUGGUUGUUGUAGCAACACAGAAUUCAAAGCUUUGGUUCUCGAAUUCAUGCCAAAUGGCAGCCUCGAGAAAUGGUUGCACUUGGAAAACUGUGUCUUGGAUUUGAUAUCAAGGCUGCAAAUUGCAAUAGAUGUUGCAUUAGCCUUGGAAUAUCUUCAUCAUGGCCAUACAUUCCCUGUCGUUCAUUGUGAUAUAAAACCGAGUAAUGUGUUGCUUGAUGAGGAUAUGGUUGCCCACCUUUGUGAUUUUGGGAUAGCCAAGCUCUUUGAUGAUGGGAAGAAUAGUGUUCUUACGAAAACCUUGGGGACAGUUGGUUACGCUGCACCAGAGUAUGGAUCAGGAGGCAGAGUGUCAACAAGUGCAGACGUUUAUAGCUAUGGCAUACUGUUGCUGGAAAUGUUCACGAGCAAGAAGCCGACUGAUGAUAUUUUAAAUGAACAGAUGAGUUUGAAGGAGUGGCCCAGAGUGGUACCUUGGGAAAAAACGGCCCUCUUCAGAGUUCAAAGUGAUGUUCCGGAGCAGGCCCGCCAGCUAGGAAGCGUCGUGGGCCAAUCCCCCUGGUCUCAUCGAACUUGGACUGUGUCCGGACCGGAGCUUGGGCCCAGUCCAGAUCAGGACCUAAGCAGUGUUUACAAGCAGGACAAUUGA